AUGACUGAAAAUGUUUUGAAAUUCGUCAAUCGAGACAUUUCCGUAUAUGACGCAGAUGGCCGUGAACUCAGGCUGUUUUCAUUGGAUGGAAAACUUGUCCCGUCAUUUCGCGAGAACAGAAUUCAAACAGCAAGGGAAGUGACUCUGAGGGACGAUGACGUCAUACUGAUUGGCUAUCCCAAAACAGGCUGCCAUUGGGUCUGGGAAAUCCUCAGUAUGAUGGUGAAAAAAUGUGCUGUACCGUCAAAACUUGGUAAAGGCACGGCGUUUUUAGAAGCCUCGCCCAUGAAUCUUCUAGAAAACACGCCCAGCCCCAGGGUGUUGAACUCACACCUGUGGUGGGACUACCUGCCCAGACAGCUCUCAGAGAAGAAAACAAAGCUAGUCCUGACCUACAGGAACCCUAAAGACACGGCCGUCUCCUACUACCACCACCACCUCUCCCUGCCACAGCUUUAUCACUACGAUGGAAGGUUCCAGAGUUGGUUCCCCCUAUAUAUAGACGGUCAAGUCGACUACGGAUCGUACUUCGACUAUUAUCUUUAUUGGGACCACGUGAUCAAAUCCAGCCGAGACCAUCCCAUAUUGGUGGUGUCUUAUGAGGACAUGAAAGAGAACCUGCCCGCAGUGAUGAAAAGAAUAUUGGAGUUUCUUGACCUUGACCUUGAUGACCAGCUUCUGUCGGAGAUCGCCGAGGCCGCAGGGUUUGAUGCCAUGAAGGCGACCUACAACCAGAGCCAAUCCUUGUCCAAAGUACUCAUGAGAAAAGGUCAGGGUCAUUUGUAACCACAUCAUUGGCCGACCUCAGGUAACAAUCACCAAU